AUGGUCUUCAAGACACGUAAGAUUGCUAUUAUAGGAUCUGGACCUGCUGGAUCAUAUGCAUCAUUCUCGCUACGUGAACAAUUUCCUGAUUCAAACAUUACCAUCUACGAACGCAACUCGGUCGUUGGCGGACGUGUCCACUCCAUUCCGAUACUAGAUCCCACAGCACCUGCAGACUCGCCACCGAUAAUAGUUGAAUCCGGGGCGUCGAUCUUCCUGAAAACAAACAAACAUCUGCACGAUGCAUGCAUCAAAUACAAGCUUGAAUUCACGACACAGGAUGACAUUGAUGAUGGACUAGUUGUAUGGAAUGGAAAUGAGAUCCUGUAUACAAUGAAGAGUAAUUGGGAUUAUGUCAAAGGUGUAUGGAGAUGGGGCACGUCUCCGUUGAGGACUUAUAGGGCUGCCAACGAGGCUGCUUCGAAAUGGUACAAGACUUAUGACAAGAAUGAUGUUGGGUUUGAGACAUGGCAGGAGUUUCUGGAUCAUUACUCGUUACUUGACUAUAUGAGUGUUAGUGCAAGAGAGUUCUUAGCCAAGAAUUGGGGUGUUAGUGAAAAAUUCAUUGAUGAGGUUGUGGAGCCAAUCACAAGAGUCAAUUAUGCUCAAAACUCUGACAUGAACUCGCUUGGAGCCUUGGUUGUUUUGACUGCCUUGUUUGGAGACGUGCAACAAGUCAAAGGAGGGAAUUCUCAAAUCAUGGCUAAAUGGAUUGAAGAAUCUAAAGCAACUGUGAAACUGAAUACUCGAGUGACUGGCGUUAGGCGAUUAGCUCCAGGCGGUGCUGAUGGAGUCGUUGUUGAAACACUUCGUGGGAAACCCGAAGUAUUUGAUAUUGUUAUUAUUGCUUGUCCUGGUGGCCAAAGUAAUAUAGAUUUGGGUCCCAACAUACCUACACUACCCAUGAUCCCAUACGUCAAACUAUAUGUAACAUUCGUAACAGGUCAAGUGGACCCAACGGCAUUCGGCCUCCCACCAACAUCUAAAGCACCAUCUACAAUCCUGACAUCAAACAACGCAACACUCCCUUUCCUCUCAAUAUCAAUCGUAGCUUAUUGCCACGACAAGAACACGACAAUAACCAAAAUCUUUUCACGAACAUACAUGACUGCCACCGAAUUACAGAAAUAUUAUAAAGAGAUUAAAGCCGUGACGAGACGCGAAUGGUGGAGCUACCCGGAACUACCACCGACUAGUAGUGGUGCAUUUGGUGACAGUGUAGAAGUCGCUAGGAAUGUAUUUUAUGUGAACGGAUUUGAGGGAGCGUUUUCAACUAUGGAGAGUGAGACUGUUGCUGCCUUGAAUAUUAUCAAGAUUAUCAAGGGGAGAGCCGGAGAGAGUGGUAGGAAGAGAAGAGUGGUUGCCAAAUUAUAA